AUGAAAAGCAUUUUCAGGAUUAGAGGGUGUGCAUCGCAUGCUGCUCAAUGUUGCCAAAAAAGAACUGUAGUGACUAGCGGCACGAGCAGUACUGCGACAGCCGGUGCGGUAAAGAAAAGCUUCAACAGUGCAGAAACUAAGCCUGUAUUUGCAACAAAAUCGGAAGUCGGCAAUGGGAACAAUAUGAAGGAAUAUACAAGCGGCAUUAACUCUAAGCUCGGUGGCACGCCUUUGGAAACCCGCAGUACCUCCGAUGAUUCUUUGAACAAUAGUUAUAAACCAACCAGGGGAGACAUCGACUGGUAUACUUCAUGGUAUGGCUUGGGUAUGAAGCCCUUUGAAGCAAAAGUGCAAAAAGAAUUGGUGGAGCCUCUGGACCCUAAGGACAUAGAGAUCAAGCCAGACGGAUUGAUAUACUUGCCCGAAAUUAAAUACCGUAGAAUACUGAACAAAGCUUUUGGGGCGGGUGGCUGGGGACUGGUUCCAAGGUCACAAACUAUAGUGACAUCCAAGCUGGUGACUAGGGAGUACGGUCUUAUUUGCCAUGGCCAAUUGAUCAGUGUAGCAAGAGGCGAACAAGACUAUUUCAACGAAUCUGGGAUACCAACUGCUACAGAAGGUUGCAAAAGUAAUGCGUUAAUGAGGUGUUGCAAAGAUCUCGGUGUUGGGUCUGAAUUAUGGGACCCUGUUUUCAUAAAAAAAUUCAAAGUCGAUCAUUGUACUGAGAAAUUUGUGGAGCAUGUUACCACCAAGAGAAAGAAGAAAAUUUGGUUAAGAAAAGACAGACAAGUUGAAUAUCCUUAUAAAUAG